AAAUCUCGCCCGCUUGUGCCAUCUCCUUCUGCGACACACAACACGCACUCACAUACAAACAUACACAGUGCAUGUCUCAUUCUUCUUUUUUUCUCCCCUAAACUGGUCCCCCCCUUUCAUCCCCCUCUUUAUCUUUUGUUGCUAGAAGCGGCGGUCUGUGAUUGGAGUAAAAAGGGAAAUAGAGCUCUUCUAGAAUGUCGUCGGAAGCUAUAUUUUCCGUUUGUUUACUUUUUAUGCGAUUUUUGCGCUUAGCGAAAAGGUGGGCAGGAUCUGGAUUUGUGUUGACUGGGUGUAACUAACACGAAGGUGGCGCUAUGUGUGCAUGUGACUAAAUGCCCGACCCCCCAACGGACUUCUAGCUAAGUGAGUGAGUAACAAGUUGUGUUGAGAAGAGUGCGGUUUUCUCUUCUCUUCAAUGAUGUGCCAUGAGAAGUUUCGAUUUUUAAAUCACUCAUUAUACUCUGCGGUAGACUUAUAGUCGGAGAAAAUUUUCACCUAGUAUUUUUCAGCAUUAUCGUCUGCUGACACGUUUUGUGCAAUAUCGUUUGCUUUUUUUUAAUGAUUUAAUCUGUACACAUGUAAAAUAUGGCAACACUAAAAAUCAACUACUAUGAAACUAUUGUCAUGCCAUAUGUCAAAAUAUUUGCCAAUCCUUGAACAAUUACUUAAUAUUUAUUAUUCCAAUCUUUUACCACAUUGUAUAAUUUAUCUGAAGAAUUAUAGGAACAAUUUUAGACAGCAUUAGAAGAAACAUAUGAUUUAUUUCUCUUACCUGAAUUUUAACAUGUUCUUGAAUAGUAUCGAAGAUAUGUAAAAUAAGUUUGGGCAAGAAUAAAUUUGUAUAUAUAAUGAAUAUAUAAGCUAGUGUUUUGUUGAAAGUUAAUAAAGAAUAUUUCAUAAAAGAAAAACAAUUUGGAAAAGUAUAUAAAAGCAUAAACGAAAAAAAAAAGAAGAAAACAAUUGGAGACAAUUUCCUACAUGACAUCUGUCAAAUUAUUGAUUUGUAAGUCUCCCGGUGAAGUGUCCGGCAAGUAUCGGCAUCACAGCUAAGCCUAAGGUGGCGUACGAGACUGGGUCUAUGGUCGUCCCGGCACCGGUCCGUCACUCAAUGGACGCCGCCGCGGGACCAAGGUCCAGCGGCUUCCAAUUCCUUCACCGCCGUCCUUAUUCUGCGGCCAUGUCUAGUAAGGCCAAAGACUUUUCUAUUGAUGCUCUGAUGUCCACUACGGUGGCCGAAGAAAGUUCCGAAGAAUCAGAAAGGGACACCCCCUUGGAAAGCGACUCCCUCUCCACUUCCCCGCUCACAAAACUGGUCGAAAGAUCCUCUCAAAGUCCUCUGAGUCCACUGUCUCUAAUGUCACCAGGUGGACAGCGAUGUCCCACCUCACCAGAACUCACUCCUUCAGAUACGGACACCGGUCCUUUGGUGGACGAUGAAGUGGACAAGAGGUCCAUCAAAAUAUCAGAGGACAAUUUUGAUUUGUCUAGCAAAGACAGCGUGGACAGCAUGGAUCAAAUCAAGCCGACGAAGACGAAGCAAGACAGGAAAAAGGACAAAGGUGACAAAGCUCCUCCUAUUGUGGGCAAAUGCAAUUGUGAGGAGCUCAAAUCAGUGGAGGCGCACCUGGAGACAAAGGAUUUGUGGGAAAAAUUCCACGGAUUAGGUACUGAAAUGAUCAUCACCAAGUCCGGAAGGCGGAUGUUUCCUACAGUAAGGGCAUCUUUUUCUGGAGCAGAUCCACACGCCAAAUACGCCGUUCUCAUGGACAUUGUGCCUGUAGAUAAUAAAAGGUACCGAUACGCGUACCAUCGGUCUUCAUGGCUGGUGGCCGGUAAGGCGGAUCCACCAUCACCAUCUAGAUUAUAUUUACAUCCAGAUUCCCCAUUCACGGGUGAUCAGCUCAAGAAACAAGUAGUUUCCUUCGAAAAGGUCAAGCUCACGAAUAAUGAGAUGGACAAGCAAGGACAUAUUGUUCUAAACUCAAUGCACAAAUACCAACCCCGGAUUCAUUUAGUGAAGCUGAAGCCAAGUUGCCAGGGUGUUCCUACAAUCACGAACUUAGAAAACGAACAGUUUAGGUCAUAUGUAUUUCCAGAAACUGUUUUUACAGCGGUUACUGCUUAUCAAAACCAACUAAUAACAAAGUUGAAAAUCGACAGCAAUCCUUUUGCCAAAGGAUUCCGAGAUUCCUCCAGACUUACUGAUUUGGAAAGGGAGUCAAUGGAGACCUUAUUGAGAGAACACGCCUUUCGAUAUUCACCUUUCCGAACACUCAUGACCGGUGAACUUCCUCCUGAUCAGUAUGCUCUAUCAGGUUUAGGAGGAAUGCCAUCGAGUGCCGAUCUCCUAUUCAUGGCGAGUCAACCAGGUUCCCCAUGGAAAUUUCCAUCGUCCCCUCUAAGCAUGGCAGACUUGAGUGCCUUGAUGUCAGCUCAACAUCAAUCCCAACAAAAUCAGGCUAACUUACAGAGUCUCUACUUUGGUCUACAGAGAUCUGCCUUUCCGCCAUUUUCUCUACUUGGAGCUGGUGGUCCGACUGCUUUCAUAUCCGGAACUCCACCUCAUCUACAGCCACCGCCAUCAUCAACACGAAGCACUGCCGGAGGUUCUAGCCUUUCGCCUAUAAGUUCCUCACCGACUAUGUCGUCGGUACCGACUUCAAGUCACUCUGGAGCACUAUACUCUUCAAUCCCAGUGACUGCAUCAAGGUUGCCCCCGCUGUAUCCUGGAUUGAAAUACCACCCAUAUUUUCAUCCUCGGCUAGUGCAAUCAUCGUCGAACAAAGACUCAGAGUGUGAUGUACUGGCACCACAAGUUUAGCAUAUUAUAGUUUCAAUUAAUGUCUUGAAAUUAGAAAUUUGCACAGCUCAGAAUGCUCAAAAAAGAAUCCAGACAAAACGCUCCCGGAUAUCGUUUGGGUCAGAGACAUCGCAAAAAUUGUCUGUUGAAAAUGAUUGAAGAGGCUUUUGUAUCUUAUAGAAUCUCGAAGCAUUGAUAGCUCUCAGCUAGUGAAAGUGUACAAAGUUAUGUAGAAACAGAAAUUAUUAUAUUUAUGGUCUGAAUGUCUAUGAAACUGUUAGAUUGUAAACAAUGACUAUUACUAUGACAACAGAAGAGGAAGUCAUAGAAUGUCUACGUUUCCUGCUUGUGUCUUUCAUCAUAAUUGUAAUGAAGGUUUCUUUUUCUAAGCAUGAAACAGUAGAAAGCUUAAAAUGCUUAUGAAGAACUUUAACCUAUUUCCUGGUGCAAUGGUAAAGGUGGCUGGUUUUAAAAGCGAAACUUGGUUUCAUCUGAGCAGAGGACAAGAAGGAAAAAUGCUCUUUGAACUGUUUCUAAUUGCGUGUUUCUUUAUUAUCAAACUUUUAAAAAAGUGAUAAAUAAAAAUAUAUUACAACUUC